UUUGAGGAAAUGAGCAUAAAUCAAUAUAAAUAGCUGUGGAUAAUGAAUAAAAUACUGAAAUAAUAAAUUCGAUGAAGGCUGAAUAUCAGCUACCUUCAAAUUUGUGCUCUAAAUAAUCGUACAACAUUAACAUCAAGCUGUUAUCUAACCACCACUUUCUAAACAGCUGUGGGAAUAACCUUGACAUAUUCUAAGCGCAAUAUUCCCUCGAGAGAACAAGCGCCCACUUUCUCCUGACGAACUAAUUGAAACGUGGGAGUUUAUGGAAAAAAAAGUGUGUGUGUGUGACACAGUGACUCAGCCUGUAGGCGGCCUCUCCAGCGUCUCAACAGAUCCGUCUGGACUGGAAGCAGACUGCCAGCCCAUCGCCAGGUUUCACUACGCGCUCGGACAUCACAGGCGGACACACAAUGAGCUCUGUCUUCGAGCUGCAAACACUUCAUUUCACGCACCGGAUUUGAGCAACCACAGAUCUUUGCUCCUUAUGAGGAAGAAAAUCUUGAAUGCACCUUGUCUCCUCUUGAGUCUGUGCACAAGUUUGAACAUCUGCUCCGGAAAAUUUGGGACACCGAUAACUGAUGAUGUGAGCAAGCUGUCCUUAUUGAAAUCUUCUGUCUUGAUCUCCGUCGUAGAAGCAGAACAUGCCCUCCGAUUAUGAGAUCCCUGUCAGUUCCAUUCCCAAAGAAGUGGCCGGCCCGUGCUGGGUGGUGCUGAAUAUCUAUCCUUUGGAGCAAAGUCUUCGCAAGCUGGCCAGCAGGUUCGGCGCCAUCUCGUCCAACAGAGAAAACAUCAUUGUCUUCAUUGCAAUGCUGAAGAAUCUACGCUUCACCUUUGACCAUGAAGAACUGGAAACAGUGAUGCAAGUGUUCCAGUGUCACUAUCAGGAGGAGCGCUUGAUGUCUGCUCCUUACUUUGACUACAUCAAAGAUGUCUUACAUGCCGCCUCUCACGGAACAUCUGGCUUCUCUUGCAAGCCGCCACCGUGCCUUAAUCCACGAGAAACGCCAGGGGGUCUGGAGGAGGGUCGGGAGAACAGCUGGUCCAAGAGAACUCCCUUGCUUCUGGCUCUCAUCCCCUUCACAGCUUGUGUUGUUGUCCUAGUGUACCUGGUCAAGUCCGGGAGGCUUCUGCCAGCGUGCAACACAGAAAAUAGCCACAUGGCCCCUUCUGACGCGAUCCCAACUGUGUCCGUCUCCAUCCCGCUCCAGACACUCGCCCACGCUGCUGACACACAGCCGGUGGGGGAGGCGAUCCCCCAACACGAGAGCGGAUGAAGCGCGAUUAAUAGAAGAGGGGAUAUCUGGGCCGCACCGUAACACAACUCACUCUGCAGGUUAUUUCGUUAGCGGAGGGGAGCCGGCUGGAUGAACCCAGUGGUCUCACGCCCCUUCCUCUGCUUUCACUCAUCCGAGUGCACGGACCCGGGCUACCAGAGGGGAAACUCACCUGCUGUGAAGGCAGCUUGCCCACGCACUUCAGGCACUUAACCAUCCAAAGAGAGGGAGGGGAGGGGAGGGGGGGGGGGGUGCUGGGACCAACGGAAGAACUACAUAAUGGCUGGUUAUGCCCCAGAGUGCCUGGUGAAGUACAUUGAUUGUCUGGUCUUGGCCAGUGUUUAGCAGCAUCUGGCUUGCCUUCUCCGAGCAGACCAAGUUUUUUUUUUUUUUUUUCUUUCCUCGCUGCCAUUCAGGGUGUUGUCAAUUCUCCAGUUUUGUACCGCUGGAGCCUCUGACCCCCGAAAAUAUCAGACUGUUUGAAAGAUUUCCUUCCAAGAUGGGAGUCAUCAAUUGGCCGCGUCCCGGGUGGUUCCCGAGAUCGUUGUCUUUUUGAAGACCGUUUUCCCAACCUGCUCCUGGGCCCUGGGUUCUGCUGAUAGGGCAUGUGGUGUGCACGCAAAGAAGAGCAUUCCUAUCACUACUGCUUUUUUUUUCGUAAAUGCAUCAGGGUGAAAGCGGGGUUAAAGAAGCCGCACGCGAUCUACCGCAGCUUGUCUGUCACUAGUUGACACUAUCCCGAUCCGUCGCAAAUGACAAAACCUUCCAGUCACAAUACACGAUACCCCCGAGAGCUUCGACAAGCCUUCCGCUUUGUGUAUCAAAGAUCUGACCAGAUGGCAGAUAGCCACCAGCAGAGGCCCUUUGAAUCCCGCCAUUGUAUCUCGAAGCUUGUUGCCCAGUGAUCUAUAGCUGCUGCUCGGCCACAGCGGGUGUGUUUUUUAAUGCCUUAUUCACUGAGUCAAUCAUGUUCGGUCAUGAGAACAUGACUACUGUAAUGUGUCAGAGAGAGGGAGCGAGGGACGGGCGGGCCGAACGAGGGAAAGAUGGAUGGAUGGAUGGAUGAGCUCAGCCAGAAGCAUAAGGAGGGCUUGUUCUUGCCACAAAAGAAGUGGCCGUAGGCUGGAGGAAAUGCCAGUUACAAACACGACUGAUGUCGGCAGAUCCCUAUGAAUCAACGGGCUGAGAAUCUGCCCAGACCGCAGGCAAUGCAGCCUCAUCUACAGGGGAUGGUUAGAAUUUCAAUAACAGUUGUCUGUAUUCGAGUGAUUUACAUCCAAAAACCGAUCGGGGGAAAGAUCUGGGACGAUAUACCACUAUUAAAAUGUUUUCAGAUUUUAAACCAGGUCUACAACCAUGUUUACGUGUCAUUCUGGUGACCAAUGUAAAGAUUUUGAAUGUCUGUAUUUGGUGGAAAUGUGUAUUUCUGUUGUAUUUGAGCUAUUCAAGUUAUUUUCUCAUACGAUACACUACUUACACAAUCUAUUGAACUUUUUCUAUAAUUAUAAAGUUGCACAAAAAUAAUAGAUCAAUUCAAGUUACAAAUGUGAUGGGCUGAACAAAAAUACUUUGAUAUUUGAUAAAAACACCUUAAAUUCACAUCACAAAGCUACAUUAGCAGAUCACAAAGGCGAUUUGGUCAAGGUUCUUUUGCGGGAGAUGUUUACAUUAUUUGGUCCACCCACUGUCAAUGGGUGGCCCUUGAGAAAAAUAUUUUUAUUCUGUUUUCCGAUCAUUUAUCCAACCAUAUAAAACAAUAUACAAUAUAUAUUGGCACAUCAUAUUAUUGUUGUCAGCGAAACCGUAAAUGUCAUGUCUAAAUGUGUCCUAGAUAUCCUUAUAUUUAAAAGAAUUGAAAUACAACACACAAUUUGAGAAAUAAAGUUCAGUUCAGUUCACAUGAUAAAAGGCUGGUUUUGUGAUAACAUAUUUGUGUAUAUACAAAUCUCAAAAGAAAGAUCAAACAUCAAUGUAUUGUCGUCAUGUCAUAGACUUUCUUCUCCUGACAGAUGAACAAGGACCAAGAUGCAUCGAUGCACAAAUGACGGAUGAAUAGCAUCAAUAAAAUGUUUUGGUGAUACUAUAA